GAAUUUGAUACCCGGCCAGUUUUGCUAUCUCAAAUAUGGCUGCCAAAUUGACGAGUCGAAGCAACGUGUCGACACAAUGCGGCAUCUAUGUUUAGAGGUCUAUAGACCUCAUCCUCCUCACUUAUAGUCGUGUAUUCUGUUCGGCUACAUAUGUUUUUGCGAUCCUCCCACGUGAUUGAUUCGAGCCAUGGUCGCACAGGUGUGCAAUGGAAAAGCGAAGGUGACAUAGGCCGAUCCCACGUCUUUGCGUGUUUCACUUUGAUUGCGUAUCAAAGAUGUCGAACCCCUGACGCAUUUGUAAAGGGAAAAUGUUUUCCGGACUAAAUGUCUCAAUUCACGGGGACUCAAACACAGACUCUCAGAGGCUUGUAGAACUCGCUCACUGGCCAAUCAAAGUAAGCAUCAUCAUAGUUCUGGGUGCGAUGAUCACCUUGGGAAAUGUUGCUGUUCUCAUGGUCAUUUCCUCAUCCGUGUCUGGCUGGUCAAGAAACUCUCGGUACUUUCUCUUGUCCCUUACGGGUGCAGAUUCAGCAUUUGGUAUUGUUGUUAUGCCAUUGAACCUCUGGGUGAGUCUUGUGAAGGACUACCGCCAAGGUCCCGAUGUUCUGUGUCACGUCGUGGCCUUUUGCAACGCCACAGUCUACUCGACAUGCAUGUAUACACUGGCCAUGAUAAGUCUAGAGAGGUAUAUUGCCGUCUUGUAUCCACUCAAAUACUCUUCUCUAAUGACAAGGAAAAGAUCACUGAUGUUGAUUGCUUUCUCUUGGUUCUUUCCGCCGUUUUUACUACUCCCGGUGUCAUUUCCCGGUGGGAUCAUUGAAGUUCAUUUUUCGACGGCGUCCCUAGUCUGCAAUCCAACCUACUCCACCAACGUUGGCUACUCCAUGUCUUUGACAUGUUUUAUUUUUUUCCCAUGCUCUAUCAUCAUGACGUACACAAAUUUGCAUCUAUGGUGUGCUGCUAAGAGACAGAGAAAGAAAUUGCGCAAAUAUGAUCAAAACUGUCGCAAGAGAUCUGAUGUGGCAUCCAGAGUGCUGGUCCCUGUGAUGGCAGUGUAUUACACGUGUUGGGCUCCCUGCAUGGCAGCAAUGAUCUACAAUGCCGUCUCGGGUAACAGCGUACCAGAGUGGCUAGAGUUUGUUGUGGUAUGGCUGCCCACCUCCAAUGGUUUUCUCAACUGCAUCUUCUACUUUUGGAUAAACCGCAGCUUCCGUAGGAAAUUCCACCUGGUCUUUCAACAGCUAAUACUGGCCCUGUGUCCGUCGCUAGCCAAGGCUUUUGGAUGGUCGGCAGAUCCACAAACACUGUUUGUGUCAGGAAUGUGGGAUAACAACAACAGUGUUUACGAGCGCUCGUCCAGCAUGUCCUCUACUUGCACCAUGAUGACACUUGCUGAGGAUGUAGGACACACACACACACACACACACACACACACACACAGCAUAAGCCUUUUGUACUGUCAUUUGUGGUCGAACAGAUAACCACCAGGUGAAAACUAUGGUUUACAGGUACACAUUUGCAAUGAAGAGUAUGAACAGCUUCAUACUAUCCGAUGGGAAGGCAAAGCUUUACCAUAUCCAUCACACGUCACACAACAAAUUAUAUUUAUUUUCUUUGUAGUUUCUUUUCUUUUUUAAAUCAAUCGUAACAACUGUUGAGCAGGAGGCAUAGACAGUGAGUUUUAUAUAUUUUGUUUUACCAAUGCACAGUGUUAUCAAGAUUCUAUGCACUGUUAAGGUAGGCUUUUAAGACACAUUUUAGUCUUCGUUUUAGAUAAACUAUCUUUAUUUAAAUCGUCCCUGCUCAAUCAUUUCUCUUAUGACCUAUGCAUGUAGGCACCUAUUCAAUGUUUUAAUAUUGUUGGGCAUUUCCUUUUUUAUGCGUGUGCCUUGUGUAAAAGUUAUCACAAAAUUGAUUUAAAAAUACUGAUAUUCAAUGGGAAUUUAUGAAGCUAAAAUGUAUAUUCAUCCUAAACAUGCAUGAAAUACAUUUAGUUAUUAACUUCAUUGCGAGAUAUUACUUCAUCAAUUUUAAAAGUGUGAGGCAGUCUACCUGUUCAUACAUUCAAGCUUUGUCGUUCGAAGACCUUGACAUAUAACAUCUGUGGCAACCUUUAAGGCAAUGCAUUACACUAUAAUCAAAAUGGGAAAUGUAAUUAGCAGCUAAUAGAGAAAGGUCACCCACUAUGUGCCUGUAAGAGAUAACCUUAUGUUGUGAUAAUUUCUCCGGCCGAAGCUCAUGAUUUGCAAAUGUUAAGCCUAUAAUCUGUCUGGUGUUACGUUAUGUUAUGACAUCAAUUGGCUAGUGGCUGGCUUAGUUUUUUUUGUUAUGGUAAAAUCUGGUUUAGAUCCUGUGUACAUAGGCAUUAUUUUUUUGGCAACGUCACUUAUGGAGUUGCAUUGUUUGCCAUUUACCUGGACAGAAAAGAUGCAAAUGUUUUAUUCCAAAUUUUAGUUAUGUGUAAACUAAGCCAAGUGUAAAAGCUGGGAUAUAGUAUUCUGCCCCUUUUGCACCUCUAUAAAUUGUAUUGAGUAUAUUUACAUAUGCAACUUUUACUAAAUCAUAUUAAUUAGAAAUUCUGUAAAUUAAUUACUUGUAUAUAAUGAAAAAAUAAUUUAAGUAUACUUUUGACAUGUGCCUGAUUAUGAACUAUUUGAAAUAAAGCUUUUUGCAAAUA